GCCCCCCUUCGAGGAGCGCGGACACACCCCUGCCCCCAUCCGCACGAACUCUUGGGUUCCUGGACGCCUGGAAGCCAGCGCGGCUCAGAAUAUUCCAGGACUAUCGGGACGCAUCCACUCGGGCUCAAGCGGCUGAGGGCCGACUUUUGGGCAGAGGCGCCGCGCCCCCUGGUGGCUCCUGCGGGGAUAGCAGGCAGGGGCUGGGCCAAGAGUUCACACACCACCAGACCCCCAACCUCCGCCACACACCCAUUUUAUAAAUGAGGAAACUGAGGCCUGGAGAGGAACUGGAUUGCAUCAUGAAUUGCAAGGUUGCAUUGAACACUCAGGAGAGAGUGAGAGUGAAAAAGGGAGAUCCUCCUUUUGCUGCAUUUCCAUCCACAGUGCCCCAUGGAAACUUGGGACGUCCCAGCAGAAGAGGUGCCCGGGAUGGGGCGGGGUCGGGUCCAGCGCCUCCACUGUCCCCCAUCCGGGGGCCGUCGCUUGGGGCCGGCCCUGCCCAGAGCCCAGGCACACAAGAGGAGCUCAAUAAGGGCACUGAAAUCAAACUGCUUGGCAACCGGAGACGCUCAGGGCCAGAGGCGGACAGCUCUCUCCAAACCCAAACGUCUGCAGUCCUCCAGAACCAUAGAGAGCUGCGCGAGGAACCGCCUCUCUCGAUGCUCUACGCCUUUGGGGAACGUCGGGAGCGGGCUGGAGGGCUAGAGAGGCAGGAAGUGCGACCAGCCUGGGGCUACGCUGGCCGUGCCGGCGGUGGGGACGCCUCGAUCUCUCUCCCGUCUUUCCUUCGCGGCCCGGGGGCGAGGAGGCCCCAGAAGGACCUUGCGAUGGACGAAGAGAGAGUGCAGAAGCCCGCUGGCCCACCGACAAGGAAGAAAUUCCUCGUUCCAGUGGACGAGGAUGAGGUCCCUCCUCCCGGGGCCAAGCCCUUAUUCAAAUCCACACGGAGCCUGCCCACUGUGGAGACCCCACCCCAGCCGGCUCCUCAGACCUACGCCGAGUACGCCAUCUCAGGACCUCCAGGAGGGUCUGGAGCCACACGCCCCAUAGGGCCAGAACCCCUGGCAGGAGAGACCCCCAACCAGGCCCCCAAAUCAGGAGCAAAAUCCAACAGCAUCAUUGUGAGCCCCCGGCAGAGGGGCAACCCUGUGCUGAGGUUUGUGCGCAACGUGCCCUGGGAGUUUGGCGAUGUGCUUCCCGAUUAUGUGCUGGGCCAGAGCACCUGUGCCCUCUUCCUCAGCCUCCGUUACCACAGCCUCCACCCAGACUACAUCCAUGGGCGGCUGCAGAGCCUGGGGAAGAGCUUCGCCCUGCGGGUCCUGCUCGUCCAGGUGGAUGUGAAAGAUCCUCAGCAGGCCCUCAAGGAACUGGCUAAGAUGUGCAUCCUGGCCGACUGCACCCUGAUCCUUGCCUGGAGCCCUGAGGAGGCCGGGCGGUACCUGGAGACAUACAAGGCUUACGAGCAGAAGCCGGCGGACCUCCUGAUGGAAAAGCUGGAGCAGGACUUCGUCUCCCGGGUGACUGACUGUCUGACCACCGUGAAGUCAGUCAACAAAACAGACAGUCAGACCCUCCUGACUACUUUUGGGUCUCUGGAACAGCUCAUAGCUGCAUCGCGGGAAGAUCUGGCCUUGUGCCCAGGCCUGGGGCCCCAGAAGGCUCGAAGGUUGUUUGAUGUCUUACACGAGCCCUUCUUGAAAGUGCCCCGAUGACCUCUGCUGCCAAGGAGGCCCUUGGUGUAACAAUAAAGCACUUUCCUCGUCCAGGCUCA